AGCAUAAAUAAUAUUAAAAAUAUUAUUUUUAGAUGUGCUUUUGUAGUGGCGGAAUAGUUUAAUUCCGCGAUUAUAAAAAAAAGAAGAAGAAAAAACACAUAGAGAUUGGUAAAUGCCCUGUUGGUUGCCAUUUACUGAUUUUUUGGAAUCACUUACUGGUACCUUUCGCAAUUUCUAUUCAAAAAUAUUACUUCAUUAUAUUUUUGCAACUCCUCAAUAAAUGAGCACUCAAUCAUUAUACUUCUUUUAUUUAUUUUUUGCAUAUUUCCUAAUUAAGGAUGCAUUACAUUCAGCCUAUUGUUACCGGCGAAACUUAAAAUCUAAAAGAUAGUAUUUUCCUCAAUGCGAAAAUUUUUUUGCAUAAAUCAUUGCCAAGAAACGGUUCUAACGAAAAGGAAAAGAAAUUUCUAAAAUGCUGAAGAUUGAUAAUUUGCAAUGAAUAACUAACUAACCAAACACAGUAAUGCGUUAUCAUUUAUAAAUUGCAUGUUAAGAAUAUGGACACAGUUUAUGUAGUUAAAAUUAUUUAAUAUUCCGAUCUUUCUCCCAUAGGAUUCUUAUAUAAAAUUUAUAUAAAUUUUAGGUUUAUUCUAAAGGAAAUGAAUACCUCAUUUCAAGACAUCUUUUUCCCUUUCCGAAACAAUUCAUUGGAUAAUGAUACUUUGGACAUGAACCAAGAACAAGAUAGAUCUGAUCUGCAGAAAAAAUUCACAAUUGCUCAAGUUGUCUUUCUCAUAAUUUCGUCUCUCGGAAUAUUUGGUAAUUCAGUGUCGAUUCUUGCCUUGAGGAAAUCGAAGAAGCUUCGAUGCCCAACUACUGCAUUUGUUAUAACUUUAUGCACUGCCGAUUUGCUUUUUUGUAUUUUCACUGUAACAAAUAACAGCAGGCCCGAUUGGAACAGCAACCACGUUUUUUGCAUUUUGAUAACAUGGGCAAAAUACUUCGUUGGUGGAGAAUCAGUGUAUUUAAUGAUUGGAAUUACGAUUAAUCGAUAUAUCUGUGUAAUUUACCCAAAGUAUUAUCGUUUGAUAUACAGAAAGAAAUUCUUAGCAUUUCAGUUAGCUUUAACGUGGAUGCAUUCCUUUAUUAUGUCACUUUUACCAUUCUUUGGAGUUGUAGGAAAAUAUGGUUACGAUCCUAACAGCGGACUCUGUAUCCUUUUAAAACGAAAUGGAAUAACAGUUUCAACUUUUCUUUUUAUAUCCUACUUUGCACUUCCAAUCACGGUUCUUGCAAUUUGCUAUUCUAGAAUUUUUUGGAUCACUUAUAAGACAUCUCAACAAAUGAGAAAGCAUUGCAAUGUAUUUGCUACGCCUGAAGAAUUAAAUGCCACAGCAACUUCACUAGAGAGUCAAAGAGGUGAUUUUCCACAUCGCAUUGAUGAUAAAGAAAUGAAAGUCCUAAAAGUGAUGUUAGUCAUCUUUGUUGCUUUCCUGAUUUGUUAUUCUCCAAUGGUGUUAACUCUUCUUUGGGACAGUGCAGAUGAAAUUCCUGCACUUACUGCGCUAUCCCAGUUGGGAGUCAACUUAGUAAAUGUGAUCAAUCCCAUAAUAUACAUUGUUAUGAGUGCUGAAUACAGAAAAGCAUAUUUUGAACUUUUCACUUGCAAACAAGUCUGGCUACCAUUGUCAACUUCUUCGAAUGCAGCAUUUUCCCCAAAUAAAGCAACUCCUGAGAUGCCAAGUGUUUGAUAUUGUGCAACAAUUUUCUAAUGCAGUUCAAAUUGUAUAAACAUUAUUUUUAUAAGUACAGCAAAUGUAAUAUUAGUGUCCAUUUAAAAAUAUUAGUAAUAUUAUAAAUGUAAUAGACAUGCUCAAAAUAAAUAAUGUGACCCUUAUA